AUGUUUGGGCGGUGGAGGCAGCUGUGUGGAUCGGAGGCCGUGUGGGGUCCUCCACGUCACGUCCUGAAAGGUCACGGCCGGCCUAGACUUUCCAUGCUUCCCUCAGAAACAUGCAGGGUGAAGGGUCCCAGUUCCAACCCCCUCCCGCGCCACCGGCCCGGGCUGUCCCCCUCCGAGCCGCUGGGUGACCUCAGUGUGACCUCAGCCGCCCCCAAGUCCCAAUUCCAAGUUGCAGCGCAGGUCGAGGGGCCUCAGGCCCGGACCUCAGACCUCGUUCCCAGGACCCUUCCCGAGCACGCGCCGCUGCCCUUCGUGAGGCGGGAGGGGCGCAGAGCUGCAAAGGGCUGGAAGCGUGAAGCGCGGACGACCCCAACCGCCGCCCGAACGCCUCCUCUCGCGCCCAGCAUGCUGAGUCCGUGGUCAGAUUGGGUGGGAGCAGCGUUCUGCUUUGCCGCGACCCGCUCGCUGUUGCUGACUUGCCUGGUGCCGGUGGGGCUGCUGGCCCUGCGCUACUACUACAGCCGCAAGGUGAUCCUGGCGUACCUGGACUGCGCGCUGCACACCGACAUGGCCGACAUUGAGCAGUACUACAUGAAGCCGCCUGGCUCCUGCUUCUGGGUGGCUGUGCUGGACGGUAACGUGGUUGGCAUUGUGGCCGCACGUGCCCAUGAGGAGGACAACACAGUGGAGCUGCUGCGCAUGUCUGUGGACUCCCGCUUCCGUGGCAAGGGCAUCGCCAAGGCACUGGGCCGGAAGGUGCUGGAGUUCGCGGUAGUGCACAACUACUCUGCAGUGGUGCUGGGUACCACAGCUGUCAAGGUGGCAGCUCACAAGCUCUACGAGUCACUGGGCUUCAGACACAUGGGUGCGAGUGACCACUACGUGCUGCCUGGCAUGACCCUCUCGCUGGCUGAGCGCCUCUUCUUCCAGGUCCGCUACCACCGCUACCGCCUGCAGCUGCGUGAGGAGUGAGGGUCACUGCCCGCCCGCCGCCCCAUCUGCCCCCUCCACCUG